UUUGAUAAAUCUAAAACGCCAUUUCGUUCAUGUAAUUUGGUAUGAAUGAAUACUUCGGUAAUGUUAAAGAGAAACGACUAAUUAUCAAUCAUGAAAGGAUUUUGGAUUUAUUUGGUACUUUGCAGCCAUCGUUUUCUUGUUGAUUGUGAGCUGUUAGGGAACAAUACCUUCACGAUAAUUUCAAAGUCACCACUCAACGAUGGUAUAUGGAAGUCAAUUGCCAUAUGCAAUAUCGACAACUCGGGACACACUUACAGUGCACAUGAGACCUAUAUUGUUUCCAGAUUUGGGGUUCCAAUACUGACUUACAAGGAUUAUCUUUCCGGUGGUUAUGAAGAGAUAGCCCAAAGUGGAAAAUGGGUUAUUUCGAGGGUCGGAUAUGGUAGUUCCGGGCAACUAUCUUUCAAUCCGGAAUUUAGCUAUGACAUAUGGCUUGGUAAAGGAAUACCCUCCGGUGACUGCUACCAAUUUAGAGGCCAACAAGCGGCUGAGAACUUUGCUUACAAUGCAGAAGAACUUACAGAUACACCGGCAGAUAACCCCGAUUAG